AUGUUAAAUUACUUGCUUGGCUGAUGCACUAAUAGGUUUAAAGAGCCAGAAGAGCCCAAAGAUAUCAAAGAUACUCGCUAUAAGUUCUUCUCUGUUUUUGAGAAGUGAGAUAAUUCACUCAGAUUCAGACAGUUUAGUAAAGAACUAAAUCUGAAGAUUAUGGUCAGGAAGAUCAGACUUGCUUCUCACAAAGGUUCGAUUAGUUACAGAAAUAUGAAGGGAAUUGUUGAAGAAUGAACUGUCGGUGAAGAUCAUUGCAUGAUACCAAAGAGUACCAAGAAUAUUCUACAGUUUUUAAGUCUCAGCUAUUUUACUCUGAGCAGAAAUUAUGAUUCUGAAAGCUUAAAGCUAUUAGAUACACCGAAAGUAGUCUUAUUCUUAAUACUUUAUUGUCAUGAAAGCAAACUUCAUAAAAUUUCUUGAUUUAUGGACCUCAUUCAAGGUGAGCCCAAGAUAGAUGAAAGCUAUUCUAGAGAUUGCACUGAGAAAGAUAUCUCUUUUAAUGAGAACGUAGGUGAUGCUCAAUACCACAAGGAUGACCCAUUUAUCUUAGAAAUUCUAUCUUUGAUCUUCUCUAAUGCAAUUCUCCCUUUCAUAUCAAGCUGAAAUGUUGAAUAUGACGAUGAUUUUGAACGCUUCGAGCUAUUUUGCACUACAAACAUCAGAAUUUUCUUUGAUUUUGCUCGAUUUAUUUGAAAAUAAUUAUCUGUUUAAGAACAACAAAGAAUCAGAAAGAAAGAUUCAAAAACUAACUAAAAGAGAGUUUCAGAAAAGAAUUGAUGAUCAUUUUAACUUAAUUUUUAACCCAAAACAAAUAAGAAUAAAAUUCAUGAUGUUUGUUAAUAGACACCAGGACAGAGCUCUUAGUAGAAUUUCUGAGAGACAACCAGCAUUUAAAAGAGUGGAUAGUUCUGAUAUAUUGAACAAUGAGGUUUAUAAAACCAAUAAUGAUCACCAAGAGCAUCUCAAGGCACAUAUUGGGCUCACCAAAAGUAGCAAGGACCUUUCCAGAAUCCUCUCUUCUCAAGAUAACUACAUUAUGUUUACUGAAAGUGACGUAUUUCAAGACAUUAAUCAAGAGAUUCAGAUUGAUGUAGACUCUCCUAGCCCAAUUCGGCCAAGCAUGUAUAAUAAGAUCGAUAAGAAUGAUUAUGAACAGAAAAAUUACAAGAUAAAUGAUGAAGAAGAUAAACAAUCAGAUGAUCUGGACAUGAAUUACACAGAGUUCAAAUCGGAUGAAUCAUUUAACAUUCAGAGGAAAUCUAACAUUUCGAUUGAUCUUGAUCAAAGCCCUUCUCCGAUUGUUAAUCCCAAGAAGGCUCAAAAAUUACAUAAAUAAUGAGGAAGCAGCUAGCAUUCACAUUGGUUGCGAAAAUCAUUGUGAGAAGUAUAUAGUUAAUGGCCAGCAAAUGUGUAAAAUUGAUGGUGGUAAAAUCCUGGAAUCAGAAGAUCAAGCCCAGUUAGAAGUACACGACUACGGUAAAAACAACAAAUUAUCAAAUGUUACCCAUUAAAAUUUUG